AUUGUCAUGUCAUCCAGUUACUCUUGCAAGAAAUUAAUAAAAUUGAAGAUGUUGUAAUGGUUUUACUAGAAUACUUUCUUUUACAAUGGAAUCUAUAAAUUCAGAUGGUGAAAUCAGUGAUAAAAGUAGUAUCAAUGGCGACUGUUCUCCAAUAUCUUUCAAUCAAAAUUCACACUUGAAUCAUGCAAAAAAUAUUGAUGACAUCUCUACACCUUCCGAAUUAAAAUUCGACCAAGAAUUCGAAUUCGAGGAUACAUUUCUUACUGAGAAACGAAAACAAAUCGAAGAAUACUUGGAUAAUCCAGACAUAGUCAAUGUGGAGCAAUGGAAAGAACUUGCUAGAAGCAAGGGUGGUUUGAUAUCAGAUGAAUAUAGACGGAAAAUAUGGCCGCUUCUAGUGGGCGUAACACAAGAAGAGAUGACAGAACCACCAUCUCUUGAUGAGCUCUCAACACAUUCUGAAUAUAAUCAGGUCGUGUUGGAUGUGAACAGGUCUCUGAAGAGGUUUCCCCCUGGCAUUCCAUACGAACAGAGAGUAGCUCUACAGGAUCAACUCACUGUUCUCAUUCUGCGAGUUAUCAUUAAGUAUCCGCACUUAAAAUACUAUCAGGGUUAUCAUGAUGUAGCUAUAACUCUCCUCUUGGUGUGCGGUGACCGAGCGUCCUUUCCGCUACUCUGCCGCCUCUCGUACGGCCCGGGGGCGCCCCUGGCCCCGUUCAUGCAGGCUACCAUGCAGCCGACACAGCAUUUACUGAACUACAUGCUGCCCGUUGUGAGACGUGCUGACGAGCAUCUAGCUGACUGCUUAGAAAAAUCUGGCGUGGGCACGAUGUUCGCGCUGCCGUGGUACCUCACGUGGUUCGGUCACAGCCUGCCGCGGUAUUCGGACGUGGUCCGCCUGUACGACUACUUCCUCGCCGCGCCGCCGCUCUUCCCCGUGUACGUGACUGCCGCCAUCGUGCUGCACCGCGCGCCGCAGGUGCGGGCGUGUGAAGAGGACAUGGCCAUGAUGCACUGUCUGCUGUCGAGGUUACCAGAUGACUUGCCUUUCGAAGACAUAUUGGUGACUGCGCUGAAGUUGUACAAGGAAAACGAUCCCAGCGACCUCGAAUCUGAAGUCGCCGCUCUCGAAAAAAGAGAAGAGGAGCAGCGGCGUCUCGACGAGGAGCGUAUGCGGCGGCGUCGCGAGGUGCGGCGUACUGGCGGCAGCGGACUGCGGGCUCGACUCGCCCGAUUGGCGCUAGUCCUGCCCCGCCCCCUACGCACGCGCGGCGGCGCGCUCGCGCUAGCGGCUGCGCUGCUCGCCGUAUACGCCUACUACCGUCCCGAUCUGUUCAGGAUUAACGACGACAGGAAGGAAAUUGAAUGGUCUUAAGGACAAUAAAACACUUUUGUUGAAUUUAAUUUA